AUGGAGAUGCUUCGGUUGGAGAAAGAAACGGUCGAGCAGGAAAAUAAAAAAAAGGAGAGGAAGGGAAGCUAUAACAUAUGUUUGGGGAUGGAGGGGAAUGAUGAAAUAGAUGGUAAUGUGAUGCUGAGAAGUACUUCAGAACCUCUUAUGUCUGCGCCGUGCAGACCACGCGCAGACAUAAGGACUUGUCUUGAGGUCUUCAAACCUCUUCUGAAGACUUAUCUCCUUCUCAAAACAUCUCCUCCUCAAAACACAGAACCUCAACCAUUCACCUCACCUCCGGCGCCACCACCUUCACCUCCGGCGCCACCACCUCCCCCACCACCUUCACCUCCGGCGCCACCACCUCCCCCACCGGCUCCUCCUCCUCGUCGACUUACACCUCAGCCGCAGCCCCUCCUCCUGCUCGAUCUCCAACCUCAUCUGCCACCACCUCCCCCACCGGCUCUACCUCGUCGUCGACCUCCACCUCCGGCUCCCCUUCUUCUCCGGCUCCCCUUCUUUGCCGGCUCCCCUUCUUCUCCGGCUCCCCUUCUUCUCCGGUGGGUGGUGGCUGAAGUGGUGGUGGUUGAUUGUGGUGGUGGAGGUGGACGGUGGUUGUAG